AUGGACUACCACAUAGAGACAAUUAAACAAUUAUAGUAAACAAUUUAAUUAGCUUCUGACGAAAAUAAAGAACUGAGUAAAAAAUUGUUGUCAUUAUAAUUAAAAUAUGAUCCUGAAUCUGAUAUCUAGAUAACAAAUUUAGAAAAAACAGUCCUGCUUCAAAAAUAGCAUUUAGCAUAACUUAAACAAGAAAAAAUAAAAAAUAGUAGGGUUUAAUAAAUAGAUGCUGAAGAAGAAAAUUAAAUUUAAUAAUUAAAUGAAUAGAUAAAUGAAAAAUAGGAAGAUUUAAGAAAAAUAGAGGAUCUGAUGUACUAGAUUGAAUUUCAAACCAGAAAUGCAAACCAAGAAUUAUUAGAAUUGAAAUUAAUCUUUAAAGAGAAAUAGAAUGAGCAUUUAUCAAUUACUAAGAAAAUCGAAUAAUUGGAAAAGCUGAAACCCAAUAUUAGUGGACAAGAUAGCCUGUCAAUGUCAUACAUUAAUGAAAUAGGUAGACUAAACGAUAAAUUGCAACACUUAGAAAAAGUCUCAAAUAUUUAAUCAAGACUAACAUACUAGAGUAAUUGUAAGAAAAACUGA